AUGGUGCGCGUUAUCAUUAAGGGAGGUGUGUGGAAAAACACCGAGGAUGAAAUCCUCAAAGCUGCCAUUAUGAAAUAUGGCAAAAAUCAGUGGAGUCGUAUCGCUUCAUUACUGCACAGAAAAUCGGCCAAGCAAUGUAAAGCUCGAUGGUUUGAAUGGCUCGAUCCUGGAAUCAAAAAAACCGAAUGGUCUCGCGAGGAAGAUGAAAAGCUUUUGCAUUUGGCGAAGCUUAUGCCAACGCAAUGGCGUACAAUUGCACCAAUUGUGGGAAGAACGGCUGCUCAAUGUUUAGAAAGAUACGAGCAUCUGCUAGAUGAAGCUCAACGAAAGGCAGAAGGCCUCGACGAAGAAGCGACAGAAGCAAGGAAACUCAAACCUGGAGAGAUUGAUCCGACGCCAGAAACGAAACCAGCUCGUCCGGAUCCAAUUGAUAUGGAUGACGAUGAGCUCGAGAUGCUUUCUGAAGCGAGAGCACGUUUGGCUAAUACCCAAGGAAAGAAGGCGAAACGAAAGGCUCGUGAGCGUCAGCUUUCCGACGCCCGUCGUCUUGCAUCGUUGCAAAAAAGAAGGGAAAUGAGAGCUGCUGGAUUAGCAUUCGCGAGGAAAUUCAAACCAAGAGCGAAUCAAAUCGAUUACAGUGCAGAGAUCCCAUUCGAGAAGCAUAUUCCUGCCGGAUUUCAUGAUCCUGGAGAGGAUAAAUAUGUCGUCGAGGAUCAGCAUCAGAAAGCAAUUGCUGAUCAUCAAAAACCCAUCGGUCGUGAAAUUGAGAAUCAGAUGAGACGUGAAGAUCGUGAGAAAAUCAAAAGAAAAAAGGAACAAGGAGAAGCUGACGCAGUAUUUAACAUCAAGGAGAAGAAGCGAAGCAAGCUCGUCCUUCCUGAGCCACAAAUCAGUGAUCGCGAAUUGGAGCAGAUAGUCAAGAUUGGGCAUGCCUCCGAUAGUGUUCGCCAGUAUAUUGAUGGUAAUGCGACUAGCGGACUUCUUACUGACUACACUGAGUCCGCAAGAGCAAACGCUGUAGCGGCACGAACCAUGAGAACGCCAAUGCCGAAAGAUACUAUUCAAACAGAAAUUGCUAAUCUUAUGGCUUUGCAAAACACCGAAUCUGCUCUUAAAGGAGGACUUAAUACUCCACUUCAUGAAUCCGAGCUCGGGAAAGGAGUUCUUCCAACGCCAAGCAUUGCUGCCACUCCAAACACGGUUCUGCAGGCUAUUGCUGCCACGCCUCAGACAAUGCAGCCCGGAGCAACUCCUGGAGGUUUCACGACGCCUGCUGCCACUCCUUUCCGUGAUCAGAUGCGAAUCAAUGAUGAAUCGGCACUUGGAAACAGCUAUGAGACGAAAGUUAAUUUGAAGCGAGCUCUCGCUAAUCUACCGACACCGAAAAACGAUUUCGAGAUUGUUGCUCCGGAAGAUGAUGGGCCGGAUGAUGAAGAAGCUUGUGAACAAGAAGAGGGAUGGGUUGAAGACGCAUCUGAAAGAGCAGAGAGAAGAGCUAAAAUGAAAGCCGAGCUUCGUUUAAAGAAUUUGAAGCUAAGAUCGCAGGUUUACCAACGAAAUCUGCCAAAACCAGCAAAGCUAAAGGAACAGGCCAUCAGACCAUCGAAUGGAUCAUCCGACGUUGCUAAGGCCGAAGACCUCAUUAAAGAGGAAAUGAUGAAAUUGAUCGCUUGGGAUGUUGAAGGAAAAGCACCGGAAGUGUUAGUUGCUCGUGAAGAUAUUGAUGCUGCCAGUGAGCUUAUUAAGAAAGAAGCUGAUGACGGUCCGGAACUUGAUGAAACUAUGUGGAAAGUUGUGGAACAAUGCACAUCGGAACUUGUUUUUAGCAAGAAUAAAUUCACAAGGAUUGCUAUUUUGCCGAAAAAUGAACAAAUGGAAGUGCUCAAUCAGCAAUUCCAGCUCUAUCGCGAAUGGAUGAAUGCUCGCGCUAAGAAGGCGGCAAAAAUCGAAAAACGGCUACGCGUGAAACUUGGAGGAUAUCAGGCGAUCCACGAGAAGUUGUGCAAGAAGUUUCAAGAGGUCGAGCGCGAUAUUGAGAUGACACGAAUCGAGAAGGACACGUUCUCCAAACUGGCCGAGCAUGAGCAGAAGGCGAUUAGGAAGCGAGUUGGGCGAUUGCAAGAAGAAGUGAAGACGCAAGAAGUUCGCGAAAAAGAGCUUCAGAAGAUCUACUCGAAACUUUCUGAUCAGCAAUGGAAACUGUCACAAGUGGAAAUCCGCAACAAUGCGUCGACGACAGGAGCCCCCGUCAGCUAUUGA